UGUGUUGGACUCAAUACAUAUUUUGAAGUACCAGAGAAAACUUAUAUUCAUUCCAGUUUAAUAUCAGCUCACUGUGGAGCCAUUGAAGAUUCUUUAUUUUUGUGUCCCGUUUUUCGUUCGCCUCGAAAUUCGAAAUUCAUAAGCCGUACAACAAAGAGGAGAACAGGGAGGAAAUCGAAAAUGGCGUUCAAUUUCAGUGCGAUGCAGUACGAGCGCAGCUUUCAAGCAAAGAGCGUCAGCAACUGGGAGUAUCCACGCUUCUCGCCGCCUCUGCCACGCAAUCUGAGGGGCAACUCGAAGCCGAUAGCUGGGAACAACGGGCAUCUGCUGCCCACAGUGCCACGGGACGGCAAUUUCCUGGGCAACUACCGCGGCACGUAUCAGUUGCCUCUGCGCAUCACGCGCAGCUUUGCGACGCUCUACAACAACUGCCUGAGCAACAGGCACAAGUACUGGAAGUAUCCGAGAAAUCUGUGCAACUGCCAGAGAGUGCUCAAGCACCAGUGCGGCUAUCGUGAGACUCUGGGCCUCAAGGACGAUCCGCUCUGGCAGCGGCCAAAGUGCCAGACCAAGUGUGAAGGCUUGAAGCAAAUACUUGAAAUCAAUAAACUGCACAAGAAGUGUCGACGCGCCAAGUGCGAGCCAAAGCCGAAUGAGAAGUUGAUUCCGCGCAUUGGCGACGCCUCGUCCAGGGAUCGAAAUAAACUAAAGAAGCGUCCAGUCACCGCCUUCGAAUACAACCGAAACCAACACCGCGCCGAUGACGUGAAGGCGAGUAAAGCUUCCAAAGAAACUAUCAAGGAGCAUGGCAAGGACGCUGGCAAAGGGGGUUCCAAGGACGCCAAGGUCGUUGUUUCAGCUCCAGCUCAAAAUAAAACAACGGCCCAGUCCACAACCAAAGCGCCCAGUAAAGCAAAAAAGAAGUCCAAGUAA